AUGCCUUCCGUGAAUGGCGCCCUAAAUACCCCCGCCCCUCCAUGGUGGACGUCAAUGAGUUCGCAGCCCCCCUCGAGAAAGCAUAACGGUAGUGAUGUGCAAUCGCAAAUUCCCGAACACAUCGAGGACAAGCCGGCGCGGAAUCUCCCUCAGCAAUCACACUCGACAGCACACGAUUCGAUGACUAGAUCACGUUCUGACAACAGUCAAUCAGGAAUGAAUGGAACAGUAAGAGAAUUGGCACCCCUACAAGACCAGGAUGGCGUGGGUGGUGCUGGGUACGACCCCGUUUCAGAGGAUAAUCCAGCCUCAUACGAUCUACUCGCACCUACGGAAGAGGAGCAGAAGAAGGAAUAUUCACUGGAGAAGAGGUCUCAACUUCUCUUCUCGCGGGAGCAUCUACAGGUCAUCUUUAACGACCCUUCCCUUCUAUUCAAAUUCACCGCCUUCUUGACCAGCCAGCGUCCUCAGUCGCUUCCUCUACUAGUAUAUUACCUAGACACUCUCAAAGCAAUUCGUGCCAUUCAUUACGCCAACGCCAUCUUGGAAGGACUAGAUUCUGUUAAAGGGCACGACUUCACUUGUCAACCGGUGGAAAAAACCACCAACCCUUUGUUGGAACAAAGAGCGAAUGAAGCAUUCGAUGUCUUGGCGCGAGAGGAUUUACCAGCUUACAUUACGUCUCUGUAUAUAUCAGUUGUAACUUUAAGCAUCACGAAAAGAGUCACAGGCUCCUUACCACCACACUUGAGAGAAGCUUCGGAAGGGCUUGCAGAAGUCUUCUGCCUUACAGAUCCCUCAAGGCCGGACAAUCCCAUUGUUUUUGCUUCUGAAGAAUUCAACAGAACUACGCAGUAUGGCAUGACAUAUGCUCUGGGCCGAAACUGCAGGUUCCUCCAGGGACCGGGUACAAGUCCAGACAGCACUCGCCGCAUCCGAGACUCGGUCAAAGAAGGCCGACACCAUCAAGAAGUAUUUUUGAACUAUCGGCGGGAUGGCUCACCGUUCAUGAAUCUUCUCAUGACAGCGCCUCUAUGUGAUAGCAGAGGGAAGAUACGGUAUUUCAUUGGUGCUCAAGUUGACGUAAGUGGACUGGUCAAGGAAUGCGCAGAGCUAGAAUCUCUUCAACGGCUUCUCGAACUGCGUGAAAAAGGUAACACUGCUCCGAAUGUUCAUAGACCAUCACCAGAGAAGAGAGACGAGUUCCAGGAGCUUUGCGAAAUGCUCAACAUGAGCGAAUUGUCUACAGUGCGAAAGCAUGGAGGCAAAAUGCAUUCAGAUUCACAGGACGAUUCAGACACGCAGAGUAUACACUCACAGCAGCCACGACUACUCUUAAAGGAUCCGUAUGACAACGUAAACUCAGUUGCAGCAAGAGUCAGUGGAAAGCUAGGAGGAAUAUACCAAAAUUAUCUCUUGGUUCGCCCUCACCCAUCGCUACGUAUACUUUUUGCGUCGCCAUCACAAAGAGUGCCGGGCAUCCUUCAAUCUCCCUUCCUUGACAGAAUCGGGGGUUCGCCUAGGGUGCGGGAGGAACUGACGGCUGCUUUCGCCGACGGCCGAGGGGUGACUGCCAAGGUUCGCUGGUUAUCUCGAUCACAAGAGGAAGGCAGAAGUCGGUGGAUCCAUUGCACGCCUCUCGUUGGAAUUAAUGGUCAGAUUGGUGUCUGGAUGGUUGUGAUUGUUGAUGAUGAGAGAGCUGUGGUGACUCGGAAUUGGAAGCCGGCACCACCCGUCCCGUCGAGCAUAACACGAAGCACACGGAGCCGCAGUGUUAGCGGCAGAGGUCAGCAGUCGUUUGAUACGAGUAUGAGGAACGGCUCCUUGAGGAGCGAGUCACCAAAUUCCCUCCUCAUUGGCUAA